GAAAAAGAUCUAUUUCUAGAAAUAAUACUACCAAUAAUAACAAACUGGAAGAAAAAAGAGUUUCAACAACUGCAACAUCAGCAACAAUUGAGAACAAAGGUAAAUUAAAUCAAAAAGACUCGAAAGAAGAGGAAGAAAAAAGAUCGACAUCAGAGUCAACUCAUACUACUCAACAGCAAAAGGAACAAAAGGAACAAAAAGAGAAACAAAAAGAACUGCAAGAAGAAUCACAAGAAGAUUUGCAAGAAGGACCACAGCAACGGCAACCUAUAACUGUUAGUGAUGCAUUAUUUGGAAAU